AUGUUAUACUUUUUGGGUCUUAGUACAACUGUAUCCCUAUUCAUAUCUUUAGAUUAAGAAUAUAAUUAACAAUGUCCGUCAUAAAUGAUCACUCUUUUAUCUGAUCUGUCUCUAAUUCCAAUAGUUGAGGAAGGACAAUGGAUGUUGGUUUCAAUCAUUAAAAGAUUACCUUCUCAUUUUAUUACUGCGUUGAUUUGGAGUUAAUUAAUGUUAACAACUGCAAUAAUAGUGUCAAUCAUGUAUUUAGCAAUGUAAUGAAUUUAAAUGAAUAUAUAGAAAGGUUACUUACAGUUUCUUUUUGUAUUUAGCGAAAUAUUUGUUAAUACUUUUUUGGAUAUCUGUGUUUAAGAGACACUUUCAAGAUUGUAAUAUUAAAUGA